AUGUCGUCAAUUGCAUCUAAACGCUAUGGCGUAGAUGGGGAUGAAGAAUCAAUGGAGGAAGAUCGACCCAGCAAACGCGCAAGGAUGAGCGUUGAACCAGAAGACCAAACGGUUGGUUCAAGGCCUCAGGACAAAUCAACCGGUAAAGAAGCGACCGUCAUCGAACAAGGGGAUGAAGAGGAUGAGAAUGAAACACCAGACCUAUCUGAGGAAACACGAGCAUCUGACCUAUACUUGGACACGAUUAAUAGAGCUAGCUUGGAUUUCGACUUCGAAAAGGUCUGCUCUGUUUCUCUAUCCAAUAUCAAUAUAUAUGGAUGUCUAGUCUGUGGCAAAUACUUCCAAGGUCGAGGCCGUAAAUCCUACGCAUAUGCACAUUCCAUUCACGACGAUCACCACGUAUUCAUAAAUCUUGAAACUACAAAAGUCUACGUACUUCCAGAUGGAUACCUUGUGUCUGAUCCUUCGCUGGAUGACAUUGCCUAUGUCCUGGCGCCGACCUUCACCAAAAAUUCCGUAUCCAGCUUGUCAUCCCCUUCACACCUUUCUCGACUCUCUUACGAUCUCGGACACAAACCAUACCUAUCCGGAUACGUUGGCUUGAAUAACAUCAAAAGGAACGAUCAUCUGAACGUCAUCAUCCAUUCCCUUUUGCAUGUCCCACCUCUACGGGAUUAUCUCUUGCUGUCAAAUUUUCGCGGGAAAGAACCGGAACUUUUGAAAAGGUUUGCGGGUUUAACGAAGAAGAUUUGGAAUCCUAGAUUGUUCAAGAGUCAAGUCAGCCCUCACGAGUUUCUCCAAGAGGUAAAUAGAGCCAGUGGAGGAAAGUUCAGUCUAGAACAACAAGGUGACCCAGUCGAAUUUCUUGGCUGGUUACUUAACCGCCUCCAUAAAGAUUGCGGUGGGACCAAGAAGAAAGAUUCUAGUGUAAUUUUCAAGACCUUCCAAGGAGAGCUUAGGGUUGAAACACAACAGGUGUUGGUUCGACCAGAGUCUGGACCAAAUGAAAAACCCAAAUUUGAUAUAGAUCGUGAAUUGAAAACAUCAGUUUCACCUUUUCUGUUUUUAGCCGUCGAUCUACCUCCCCCUCCUCUCUUCCAAGACGCCGUUGAAAAAAAUAUUAUUCCGCAAGUUAGCAUCCAUUCUGUGUUAGCGAAGUAUGACGGAAGGACUGCCCAGGAAUCACCCGGUCAACUUCGUAGAUACAAAUGCCAGAGACUUCCCCCUUACAUUAUUCUUCACUUCAAACGCUUUACGAAGAAUAUAUUCGUAGAAGAGAAAAACCCAACUAUCGUUAAUUUUCCGUUACGUGGCCUAGAUUUCAAAGAAUAUGUUGAUGCUCCUCCAACUAAUUCGCCCACAAUGUACGAUCUGAUCGCCAACGUUACCCAUGAAUCCGUAGCAGGGACCACCAGAGAUAAGGAAAAUACUGUGUGGAAAGCCUACAUCAGAGCAGGAGGAGGAGGAGGCGAUAAUGAAAAAUGGUUCAUGAUACAAGAUCUCAUUGUGGAAGAAACACGGAAAGAGAUGAUAUUUUUAGGCGAGACAACCUUGCAGAUCUGGGAGCGCAGAAAAGACGUUUAA